AAAAAUUGCGCUGCGCAUGAAUUUGUCCAUCUGUAUUUCGCGAAAAUAGCUGUACGCGUUCUUUGGCGCAAUGCGCAUGCGCUCAAAUCAAUAGUAACAUACAUGCGUUGGAUGUCAUUGCGCAUAACGCAAGUGCUGCCAUCAUUCUCGUCCGUGGCGGACAACGGAAACACCGAUUAUGCCCAUUCGAAUUUAUGUCGAUCCGGUCGAUCCUCUCAAGGAUUUAAUUUACCAUAAUAAUGAAUCGACAGAAAUUGAAAAUAGUCACUUUGACGUCGCGGAAGAACCUUCCGUCACUUCAAGCGAUCCUAAUGAAAGGAAAUUGGCGCGAAGAUUGAGAAUUCAAAGACGGCUCGAAGCUCUCAAGAAACAGGAUGGAGCAGAGGAGGACGAAAUCAUUGAGAAAAGCCAAACAGAAAAACAGAUAGAAGCGAGUGCUGAAAUUUUGGAAAAAUUAAUAGCAGAGGGCGAUGAAGUUGUUUGUAAUGUCAAAAUAGCCAAUGAUGCUCGGGCCGUAGAUCGUCGCGAAGAGGAUAUUGCUGUACGAAAGAAACUCAUGAAAAUACUGGAAGAUGAGGCUGCCGAGUCACUGGAAAAGUAUCAAAUUGUCAAUGAAAAAUGGGCUGGUAUUCUUCAGUCGAAAGAUCCUUUGGAUAUUCACCACAGCAUACAAUCUCAGACUGCCAAGUGCGAAGAAAUUUUGAAACAGAAAGAAGCUGUUAUUGAAGAAUUGAAACAAGAGUUGGAGAACGCUGAUGAAAAAUUUGUCAUAGAUCAAAAAAAACAGAGCGAAGACAUCAAUUUGUUGAUUGAACGAAUUGAAAAUCAAGUGCAUACGAUAGCAAAAGCUUAUCGAAAGGAGCUCAUCCUUAUUGAGGAAGCUCUGAAUUCUGAAAGAAGUUCGCUCCUUGAGAGUGUAUCCAAAAGAUGGGAUGCUUUAUACAAAAAACGUCACGAGGAGGAAAUGAACGGUGUGGAAACGAGGAAGGAGAUAAUGAAGGAAUACGAAGAAGAGAUGAGACGAGUAAUGAUUGAUCACCAAGAGAAAUAUAGAUCCGAUAAAAUCGAGUUCGAAACCGAGUGUCUGAAUCUUCAGCAAGAGGUGCAACGCAUAAAAACAAUUUGCUUGAUGAACAUUGAGAAAUUAGACUACAGUUACGCGGUACUCAAACGUCGAGAGGAUGAGAAUUCAAUAAUUAAAAAUCAGCAAAAGCGCAGAAUCAACAAACUUCAAGACGUUAUAAAUGGGCUGAAAAAAAAUUACAAUGAACUCGAAGAAAACACGCGUUUGGAGAUUCAAAAAUUGACAGCUCAAGUGAAAAAAGCUCAUAAAAAUGUCGUCGAAUUGGAGACCAAGUCUGAACACUUUACUCGAGUCAAUGAAAAACAGUAUUUUGAGAUUUGGGACAUGAAUGAGAGCAAAGCCGAUCAACUCGUGGACAAGAUUCUCACUGCAGACCGAAUAAUCCACGAGCAGACAUUGGGCCUUGAUUGGGAACCACCGGAAACAAUACUACUCAAAAAAGAGGAUCUUCCAUCUUAUAAAAAAGUAGUCAACGAAAUGCAGCAAAGAAAAGCGGACACGGAGGAGGGUAUGAAAUUGUUGAAGAUUCACGAGAAACCUCGCAAUCUGGAAGAUUUGAAUCUGGAACGAAAACUUUUGAAUCACAUACUCCAACAAAUUUCUGAUCACACCGGUUUUCUCAUCGAGGACAGAUUGAAAGAAUUACUCGCUCCUCAUUCCAGUCACGACAACAACAUCAUUCGGCUCGACAACGUUUUCCAAGCUUUAGGAAUAAAAACCGAAGGCCAAAUCGAUCUGCUCCUUAAUUUUUUCUUGCCCUACUCAUACUGCAUGACUUGCGCAAAUGAAGAGGAUAAUGUUUCGGUCGUCACUGGAUCAGAGAAAGGAGAAUCCUCUACCGAAGAAAACCCACCAAGAAAUGGUGAUCCGGAAGGGUUAAAAGCUGGCAAUGAUUUCGUCGGUAGCAGAGUCGAGCCGGAAUCGAACAUCCCUACACUGUCUGAAGUGGGAAAAUGUGAGGACAGCGAGAGCAGUGAAAAUACCGAUGAAAGUGGAGAAAAAGCACGAAGAGUCGAGAGCGGAAUAACACUCACUGCUGAUCGCUCAUCGGAAGGCGUAAGUUCUUCAUUACCGGGGAGAGACGUUACGUGCAAAAGGGGACACUUGCUCGAAAUCGAUUCGGUUAAUGUGACCAAAGCUCUGCGAGAUUUCGCCGAAAAAACUCGGAGGAAAGACGAAGAAAGAACUCCAAGCCUCCGGGACCAUAGAAAAGUUGCAAGCGUAUCUCGCAGUUUAACCAACGAAGAUGUUUCUUGUUUUUGGAAAAGUUAUCGAGACAUAUUUCCUUCGAAAAAAGAAAAAUUGUGGGACGGUCUGCUCAUUGGGCUCCACAAAUAUCACGAUAUUCUAAAAGAACGACACAGACUCAACAACGAGACGAAAUUAUUGAGAAAACAAAAUGCAGAGUUAAAAAGAUUGCUCGAAACUUACGCUGUCAAGCCCGAAAACGACGAUUCGAUGUCUCUCGGACCAAGAAUUUCAAACAAUACUUUAUAAAGUUUGCAAUUGUAAAUACUAAACGAAGUGAAAUGAAAAAGAGGCUUUUGUAUCGGAA